GGGUCAACCCGGCUGUUAUGUUAUUUUUUUUUCUUCUUUUUCCUUUUUCCUUUUUUCUUUUUUUUCUUCUUUUUCUUUUCUUUCUUUUCUUCUUCUUUUCAAACCCUAGCCGCCGCCGUCUUUCGCCCGGUGAUGCGACGAUGCCGGCGCUCCUCCCUUCUCCUCCUCCGUCUUCUUUCUCUCCUUUUCUUUUUUUUCUCUUCUUUCUUCUUUCCCUUCUUUUUUCUUUCCUUCUCUCUUUCUCUUCUAUUUCGACAAUCCCCAAAGUUGAAGGCGUCGCCGCCGCGCUCGCCCUCGGCUCUUCUUCGCCUCGGUGGCCUGCGAUUCAAAGGUGGUGGUGCGACGGUUGCGGUGGCGGUGGUUUAUGCGACGGUGGCGAUGGCCUUUGGCUGCUGUUGUGACAGUGGAGGGCAUCAUGAACCUAGGGAGGCUGAAGGAGUAGCUGGAGGUGGCAAUGCACGCCCGGAUGCCGAUUGGGUGAUUUGACAUGUCCAGAAAGACUAAAUUGUAGAGGAUGCAAAACUUCUGGGGCAAAAUCACAAUUUUAGAAAAAUAUAGGGCCAAAAUGUAAUUUUAAAAAAUUGAAGGUUAAAAUGUAAUUUUGAAAAAUUCAAGGGUCAAAAUGUAAUUUUUAUUUUUAUUUUUGGAAAAAACCAUAUACAUUUACUGU